AUGAUGGUACUGAAGGAAUGCUUUUCUAUGGAUUUGGAAGAAGACAACUUUAUUAGUUGCAAUAGCUCUAAUCACAGUGAAAACUUCCCUCUGGGGGAUGACUGGUCCUCCCCAGGAUACCUGUAUAUCAUCCCAGCUGUGUAUGGGUUUGUCAUUCUGAUAGGACUGAUUGGCAAUAUUACCCUGAUCAAGAUCUUUUGCACAGUCAAAUCCAUGAGAAAUGUGCCCAAUUUGUUCAUUUCCAGCCUGGCUUUGGGAGACUUACUUCUGCUCAUCACAUGUGCCCCUGUGGAUGCUAGCAGGUACCUGGCAGACAGGUGGCUUUUUGGCAGGAUUGGCUGUAAACUGAUCCCCUUCAUCCAGCUGACUUCAGUUGGGGUAUCAGUCUUCACACUCACAGCCCUCUCUGCAGACAGGUAUAAAGCUAUUGUUCGACCAAUGGAUAUCCAAGCCUCCCAUGCUCUGUUGAAGAUUUGCUUAAAAGCUGCUUUUAUCUGGAUCUUCUCCAUGUUGCUUGCUAUUCCUGAAGCCGUGUUUUCUGAUCUGCACCCUUUUUAUGUGAAGAGCACCAACCAAACCUUUGUCAGCUGUGCACCAUAUCCCCACUCCAAUGAGCUACACCCCAAAAUUCAUUCAAUGGCUUCCUUUCUGAUUUUCUAUAUUAUACCCUUGUCCAUCAUUUCUGUUUAUUAUUAUUUCAUCGCCAAGAAUUUGAUCCGGAGUGCUUACAAUUUGCCAGUGGAAGGGAACAUACACGUCAGGAAGCAGAUCGAAUCCCGUAAGCGGCUGGCCAAGACCGUGCUGGUAUUCGUGGCUCUCUUCGCUGUGUGCUGGCUGCCCAGCCACGUCAUCUACCUGUACCGCUCUUACCACUACUCGGAAGUGGACACCUCCACGCUGCACUUCGUCACCACAUUCUGCGCUCGGUUCCUGGCCUUCGCCAACUCCAGCGUGAACCCCUUUGCGCUCUACUUGCUGAGCAAGAGUUUCAGGAAACAGUUCAACUCCCAGAUCUUCUGCUGCCGGCCCGGACUGCUCCGGAGGUCUCAGAGUACCGGUAGGAGCACCACGUGCAUGACGUCACUCAAAAGCACCAACCAGUCCGUGGCCACCUUCAGUCUCAUCAAUGGCAACCCUGCCUGCCAUGAGGGUUAUGUGUAG